UGCCUGCGGGUGGGCCGGCCGAGCCCAGUGCGGCGGCUGAGGCUCGAGGCUGGUGAUGCCACUGGCGGGGCGGCUUGGGGGCGCCGCGGCGCUGUGGUUGCUGCUCUCCGCCCACGUGGUGUCGGCGUUCGAGCCCCUCAGCGUGGGUCUGGCCAUCGGGGCCGUGUCGGCCCUCACGGGCUACCUCUCCUACAAGGACCUGUACUGCCGCUUCGCCGAGUGCUGCCGCGACGAGCAGCCGCUCAACGCCUCGGCCCUCAAGUUGGAUUUGGAGCAGAAGCUGUUUGGACAGCAUCUGGCCACGGAAGUGAUUCUCAAGGCGCUGACUGGCUUCAAGAACAACAAAAACCCCAAGAAACCACUGACCCUGUCCUUGCACGGCUGGGCUGGCACAGGCAAGAAUUUUGUCAGUCAAAUUGUGGCUGAAAAUCUUCACCCAAAAGGCCUGAAGAGCAACUUUGUCCACCUGUUUGUAUCAACUCUGCACUUCCCUCAUGAGCAGAAGAUUAAACUGUACCAGGAGCAGCUACAGAAGUGGAUCCGUGGAAACGUGAGUGCCUGCGCCAGCUCGGUUUUCAUAUUUGACGAGAUGGAUAAGUUGCACCCCGGGAUCAUCGAUGCCAUCAAGCCUUUCCUUGACUACUACGAGCAGGUGGACGGGGUGUCCUACUGCAAAGCCAUCUUCAUCUUUCUCAGCAAUGCAGGUGGGGACCUCAUAACUAAGACAGCUCUGGACUUCUGGAGGGCAGGAAGAAAGAGGGAAGAUAUCCAGCUGAAGGACCUGGAACCUGUGCUGUCUGUCGGAGUCUUCAACAAUAAACACAGUGGCCUGUGGCGCAGUGGACUGAUAGACAGAAACCUUAUCGACUACUUCGUCCCCUUCCUGCCCUUGGAGUACAGACAUGUGAAGAUGUGUGUGAGGGCAGAGAUGCGGGCCCGUGGUGCUGCUGUGGAUGAAGACAUCGUCACCAGGGUGGCAGAGGAAAUGACGUUUUUCCCCAAAGAUGAGAAAAUCUAUUCAGACAAGGGCUGCAAGACUGUUCAGUCCCGACUAGAUUUCCACUGAGUGCUUACCCACACCCGGACCUUGCCCUUCAGAAGCACUUUGAAGACCUCUUCAGGGUUCUGCAUAUUUGCACCUGUGAACUUGGGAUCUAGAAGUUUCUAAGAGUUAACUAUUGAAAAGAUACUAAUCUGUCCUGCGUGCGACAUGAUGGCAGUUCAGCUGUUCCUUGCAAUUGAAUGUGAGCUUUUAGAAUCCUUCAUAUGCACAGUUAUUAACCUUCACGGAAGUGCCUGCAAACAGCUGUGCGUGAGGUGGAGGGUCAUUGGUGACCCACGGCCCGGCCUCUCAAGCCAGUGCUUUGACCAAGGGCCCCAGGGACCCUGCUACAGUUGGGAGCAUCAGGUUUUCACAUGCCAAAGUCAUCUUGCUCUGCUUUUUCUUUGCACAGAGCACAUUCACUGGCUGGUAGUAUUUUUAGUUAACAUCAGUGGCCCUGCAGGUGCAGAUGGUGUUGGCGAGGAGGAUGUGGCCCUACACACCGGCUACUCUUGUCCUGGGCUGGACUGUCAUCCUAAGGGUGAAGGUGCACCCAGGCCCUGUAAGCAGACCAGGAUCCAGAGUCCCUCGGGUCUGGCCCUGGCCUUGGAAUUCCCACUGUCUGCUUGGUGAGCCUGCCAGCUCCUUAUACCAUGUCCUCCAGACACGCCACUACCAGGUUUCCCCAGCCCCUUCAUGCUACAUUUGCCUGUUACACUUCCCCUGUGAGUCUGUGCAGCUCAGCAGGACCGGCGGGUGCUCUGAGCUGUGCUGGCCUGCAGAGCCUGAUUGCGGAGGGAGCAAAAUGCUUAAGCGCCUCCUUAAACAUAAGUGUAUUUUGCCGGGCUCCGUGGUGCACGCCUAUAAUCCCAGCGGUUUGGGAGGCUGAGGCUGGAGGAUCACGAGUUCAAAACCAGUCUUGGCAAUGGUGAGGCGCUAAGCAAUUCAGUGAGACCCUGUCUCUAAAUAAAACACAAAAUAGGGCUGGGUAUGUGGCUCAGUGGUUGAAUGCCCCUGAGUUCAAUCACUGUACCCACCCCAGAAAAAGAUAGGUGUAUUUUUAAAACCUGGGAAUGACUUAAAAUGGAAUAAUUGCUUAUUCUCAGGUACUUUUAAGUAGUAUGGGUUUUUUUAUUUUUAUUUUUUGUGCUAGGGAAGUAGUAUGAGUUUUUAUUGUUAAGUACAAGGUACGGUAUGGUCACAAUUGAAGAUCAAAGAAGGUCAUCUGAGUGGUGGCUGGUCUGGGUGUCAUCUGAUGCUGACCCCUGCAUGGCAGUGCCAGGCUGGAUGGCCCUGAUCACUGGGAAAUAAAGAGUCAGAUUCCAGCCAGCAGGAUCCUUCUGCCUGACCCACAGCUGUGAUAUAACUAGACCCGUGAUUGAAACACUGGGUAACAUUUUUAUAUGUAUGAAAUGUGCAAGAAUGAAGAGUCUGCAACAUGGAAAUGCCUUCUGGGGUAUCACAUUUAGUCUUUAAAAACCACCACAGUGGGAGCUGGGGUCGUGGCUCAGCAGUAGAGUACCCUCUCCUAGCACGUGGGAGGUGCUGGUUUCAAUCCUCAGCACCACAUAAGAGAUAAAAUGACAACUAGAAAAAUAUCUAAAAACACCCCUGUGGGCUGGGGACGUGGCUUGGGUAGAGUGCUGGCCUCGCAUGCAUGAGGCCCUGAGUUCCCCAGCACCACCCAAUAAAUGAAGAUGCCAAGGUGAGGCUCCUGAGUUUCAGGAUGUGUUCUCACAUUGGAGCUAAGUUACCUUUCUUUUAUAACCUUUUGGGCCUGUGGUCUGGAGGAGACAAGGUUUCCUGUUUACAGUGAUGCAAUAAAUUCCACACAUGUGGGCCACCUUUGGACUGUGGUUGCUGAUUUGGAAAAGCCCAGCCUCUCAUGAGAUAUGGACAAGAACUUGAAUUGACUAGUGAAUAGAAAAUAAUAAAACCUAAAUACUA